CGGGCUACUCUCAAGAAGGUAGUGCUGGGCUCCCCGGCAAAGCGAUCGGCGGUGCUGUGGAUCAACGACGAGGAGCACAA